AUGGUCGACGCUUACGAACUCUUGUGGGCGGCUCCUGGUAACACCAGCAAAGACCGAUGGAGUCUCUUGCGUCCCAUCACUCAUAAACUUGUGAAUAAGACCGAUUACGGUUUUAGUGGUGGAGGUACGGGCACCAAUGGGGCAGCUGCAGGUCCAGGUGGAACAGGUAGGACCAACUUUACAACAAAACAACUAACAGAACUCGAAAAAGAAUUUCAUUUCAACAAAUAUUUAACAAGAGCAAGAAGGAUCGAAAUAGCCACAGCUCUUCAACUAAAUGAGACCCAAGUCAAGAUAUGGUUCCAAAAUAGAAGGAUGAAGCAAAAGAAAAGAAUGAAAGAGGGUUUAGUACCGCCGGAAAAUCCGACGGGUGACGUUACAACAUCGAAUUCGGGUCAACAAAAUCCAACAGUUUCACCUAAUUCGGGAGGAACAGCGACGACGCAAAAAGAUUGCAGCCAAUGAAAAGUGAUUUUGCUGUACUAAAUAUAAUAACAGCAAUUAGUGUGACCGGUGUAUUAGUCCUGAAACCGAAUUGUGUACAGCUAAAAAACAAAAAAAAAACUGCAUCUUGUAAAUAGCCCUGUAGAAUAAGUGAGAAUAGCUUUAGAACUAUUUUUGCCCCAACUUUUUAAGUUUGAAUAUGCUAUGUUGCUUUCACGAAUCGGCAGAUACAUAACUCAACAUUUUAAGUUUUAUAUUAAAUUACAAUAUCGUGGAUUAUAGUUUACCUUUCAAGGACUAUAAAAAGUUAUUUAUUUUAUUCAGCUUUAGUUUAGAAUUGUAAGUUUUCCCCCAACGAUAAACUAUAUCAUCAUAUAUCUUCAUGAUAAAAAAUACUCAUUGUUUUUUAUUUGUUUUUUUGUAUAAUUGUUUAUAACCAUUUACGACGCCCCAUAACAUGUUUCAUCUCAUAAUUAUUUAUAAAUAACUCUAGGCCUUUAAUUUUAUGAGAAGUUAUCUGCUACUUUGUACAAUAGAUACUUAAUGAUAAUAGACUAGUUCAAUUGUCGUGCUUAUGUUCUUAUAAGACUAUAGGCCCAUUUUCUUGUUAAAUUAUUCAUUUUUAAAGCUACGAGGAAAAGCACAGUGACGAUCUUUGUGGAAAAAAAAAUCCCAAAAUGUAAAUUCUUGUACAAUCAUGCUUGUCUUUGUACAGGCCUAUAAUAUUGUCGCUCACUUUCAUUGUACAUGUAUUUUUCUAUACACUUGACUCCCAACUAUCUUCCCACGUUCUCUAUCUUUUAUUUUAAACUGGUACAAAAACAGUUGUGCCUGCACCAUUUCUUUAUGCACCCACCACAGAGCCCAUCAAUAUAAACCGGUGUUGUUUUUAGAAACAAAUAAACAUCGAUGCUAUUUCCAACAUCGUUUUGUUUUUCGUUUGCUGACAAUCACUUACACUUUCACAAUAUAUUUAUUUUCAAACAACACGAUUAAUAAUAUAAAAUUAUACGGGUGAUCAUCACUUACAAGCCUACACGUAUUGUAACAACACAGUAAACACUACGGGUAAAGUAAAACACAAACAAUUAAACUUCAAAUGAUCGCUUCAUCACAUUUUCAUACAACUGAUGUCAAUUUUUAACAAGUAUAAACCCGCGAACAAUGAUUUAUCAAUCAAUUAGAAGAGAAUAUAAAUGCGGCAUUACAAAUCUAUACAUCUAUAGGCCUAUAUAUAUAUAAGAAUUGAGACAUCAAAGGCUUUGCUUUCUCGUCUCGACUACGUAUAAAUAAUGAACCCGUCACGAUCGUGAAAGUAGCUGGAGGAGGGAGAGAUAUUAAUGAUGUUCAAACGGCUGGUACGUCCACCCGUUUAAAGAUGAGAUGGAUAUUGGACUAUUGCAACUAGUUGGUGUAGGUGUGGUUAUUCCUCCCAGCUGACUAUUUAUUGUGUCAAGGAUGACUGAAAAUUUUAAUGUCAAGAUCACACACCUAUAAGCCUGUAUAGACUAUAUUUAAGAUAUUAUAGAUAUAUUCUGCACAGAAUGCAAAAACAUAUAAUCGAAUUUAACUAUAAAAGAUCGAUAUUUACCGACUAAUGAUUAGUCAAAAGUUAAAAAAUGAUUAAAACAUAAUUUAUAUUUACAUCAGAAUUUGUGUUUAAUGAUCCGUAAUCGAGAAGUAUAAAUGUUAAAUAAAUUAUUGAUCUGCAAAGUUUAAGUUCAUAUAUUCAUAGAAAUGAAUAGAAAUUAUUUCACGUUAUUUGAAAC